UGAGCCAGACGGAUUUAAACGGAGAAAACAGGAGUAUAACGCUAUAGUAGCCCGCUACAGACUUGAAAGAAAUCUACGAGUAACCUGCACAUUGAUUUUGGCCUCUGCUAUUUUGUGAGCUGUUACAAUUGCUUGCAUUUUCACACGAAUAUUGUGUUGAAUCGCGAGAAGAAAGAUCUGAUAAAGAAUGCUGCUGCUGGGAAGACCAGUGUACCAGGGGUUUCAUCACGAUACCUGUCCACAAGAAUCUCAAAUACACACUAAACAACAUCAUCUUCAACAGAACGACAUUAUUGCAGAAGAUCUGCAUUUAGCAGUCGUCCUUCCUUGUGAUCUCUGUCCUCAUCAUUAUCACCGCGACCUCAGGCUGCUAUGGGAAUCCUAUGGCUGUGGAGGCGAUGAAUGGUUGAAAGGCGAGUUAAUUGAAGAAAAUUUGACAGAUGAAGAGUUGGAGGCUGUUGCUCAGCUGAUGGAGUUAAGCAGCCAAAGCCUCCCAUUAGCAGAGGAGACUUCAAAUUCUUUUGUUGCAGAGGGGAUUGAAUCUUCCGCCAUAUCUGAUAGCCGGCAGUCCUGUCCUUUUACUCUACUUCCGCACAGAGCAAUAAGGAACACGUUUAAUGUCGAUAUAGACGAGCGGCUUAGACCCCGGACUCGGUCUGUAAACGAAAUAUUCAAACAGUCCUCUACAUCACGCAAACGCAGAAGGGGGCUUCAGGUCCCUGCAUAGGGCUUAUCAUAAGACCAAGGGAUUAAUCCCGCUCAGGCAAAAAGGUCUCCAUUUCAGCAUUUUUCUAUGAGCAAAUUCAAUAAAAUUUGAAGCUCUCAUGUUUUAAAACUUCCUAAAGAUCCACUGGUUCUCUCUUUCAAAUUUUGUACGGUGAAAGAUGAGCAGGCUUACAUUUGAUGGCCCUAUGGUCGUAUUGUUUUUUUUUAUAAAAUAUAA